GCAACACACAUAUAUAUGGGUUAUCUGCUGCAUACAGGUUUAUCCUUUCCGAAAGAAUGCUUACGGACGGUUGUGAUUCUCUUGACGGGUUGCAAAACAUUACUGGAGAGAUGCUGAACUUCAACGUCUCCAAGUCAUUGCGCGAAGGCAAUGUCACCAAGAAUUCCAGUUGUGGAUCUGUAUCAGUUGGCUUCCCUAUAACCAUGAUGAUCACUGGCAUGGUGGGCAACACAUUAGCUCUUAUUCUGGUGUAUAUCUCUUACAAAAAGAAGGAAAAUAAAAGGAAAAAGUCUUUCUUGCUUUGCAUUGGAUCGCUGGCGUUAACUGACCUGUUUGGACAGCUUUUGACAAGUCCAAUAGUGAUAUCAGUUUACCGAGCAGAUCUGAAGUGGGAGCGCAUCGACUCAUCGGGCAAAUUGUGCGGUUUUUUCGGUGUGUGCAUGACAACUUUUGGUCUGUGCUCUCUCUUCUUGGCCAGCGCCAUGGCAAUUGAAAGGGCUCUGGCGAUAACAAAUCCUCACUGGUACUCCAAUCACAUGAAGACAAGUGUGACAAAGCAGACUUUGGCUCUCAUAUGGUGUCUUGUGUUGCUCUUUGCGCUGCUGCCCAUUGCAGGGGUCGGGGAAUAUACACACCAGUGGCCGGGCACCUGGUGCUUUAUCAGCACGGGGGACAGGAAGGUCCCUGGCAAUAUGUUUUUCGCCAUCACUUUUGCUGUACUUGGGAUUUUCUCUCUGCUUGUUACACUUUCCUGCAAUGUAGUGACGAUCCGGGGCUUAAUUAUCCGGUGUAGAACAAAGUCUGGCACUUCUCAGUCUUCAAAGCAGUGGGAACGGCUCACCACGGAGACCGUCAUUCAACUGUUAGGGAUUAUGUGCGUCCUCCUUAUAUGCUGGUCUCCUCUGCUGGUGCUGAUGCUGAGAAUGAUCUCCAACCAGGUGUCCUCCCACGAGUGCAGUUCAUCAGCAAUGGCCUCCAAUCGCACCUCGAGCCGAGAAGUCCAGUUGGACUGUAACUUUUUUCUGACAGCGAUCCGCUUGGCCUCCCUCAACCAGAUCCUGGACCCGUGGGUCUAUCUGCUCCUCAGGGAAAUCCUCCUCCGCAAGUUCUGCAUCGUGGCUAAUGCAGUGUCCAACUGCUCCAUGGAGGAACAGAAGGACACCCAGACGGCAUUGGAUGCCCUCAACAAGCAGAACCCGCAAGACAGCAAACACCUUGAUAAACCACAAUGUAGCGAAGUCAACCUUUGACAGGAAUUUCCAUCUUGUGGCUUUAAGUCUGGACAGAUUGGAUGGAUGUAAUAAUGGAAACACGAUUGUCUUGGACGAGUCAAGAAAAACAUGGGGACAAAAUGUUUCUCCAUGUCCUUGACAGAAGGAUAUUGUGCAAUGUGGGACAAGAGUGGUCUCAGUUGCAAACGUAAUGAGAACCAGCCAAGUGUGCUCGGGGUGAAUUUGUUUAUCUUAAAACGCAUUCCAUUGAAAGUCACCUAACCAGCAUGUGGAUGCAUGACCGUGUCACAUCUCACAUUUGGCUGAAGCGCGGCUGACAGGAACUCCUUCAUUGCUUGCUUUCAGUUUUGAUAACUCUCCCAGGCUCAAGAACUGAAUAUGGGUGACUCUAAACUGACUUAUAUGGAAGUGAUGCAUCUUGUGCUCUUGGUCAUUGCGUUCAUCAAUUUGAAGCCAUAAACCACAAUACAUUUUGUGAAUGUCUGUAAAUGAAGAAAGAAAGAACAGAAGAAGAAUUUGCAUAUAUUAAGUUGUAAAUAGCGUUGCCAUAUCUUACAUGAAAUGUAACCACAGAGGUCGUUUCAGAAGAAAAAUGCAAAUCUUAAACUGGAGCCAAUUGUUGAUUGUAAGAUUAUUUAUUAGUGUCUGUGGUUAUAUGAAGUGUUAUAUUUCUGUGCUGAAUAUCAGUUGUUGUACAUUGCGUGGUUUUCCUCGGACUAUGAAAUGCAAAGCUUUUAGUUUGUUGCUACUUUCCCUCUUGAAUAUGAAAGCAUUGGCAUAUCGUUGUGCAAUUAUUUUCUCAGCAAUUUUCUUAUGAAUGAAGUGUGUCAGGGAAAGCACUGUAAAUGUGUGGUGUUCAACAUUGUGAGAUUAUGUUUGGCAGGGUGGCCUGAUACUGUAGUUACAAGGCUGUCAAAGUGUCUUAGAGAAAUACUUGCGUUUUACAUUGGAUUAAAAGUACCUUUGUUCUGUUAGUACACAUUAUGUAAAGACAAGUGUACCUAAUUUCACCAGCCAAAUGUUAAUGCGGAGAAAAGUUACGUCGAGUUAUGUCAAUAUAAGUAGAGAGAGUGGUACUUGUUGGAUACGAGGCUGAUAAGCAGAAGAAAAAAGAAAUGAAGGAAGCCAUGUCCAAACUGUCCAAAACACGCACCAUAGAAAAGGUAAUGCUUUUUUAGCUUCACAAGCUUUCAUCAGUGUGUAGGCCAACGGUGUUAAGUACUCACAUAACAGUAAUACACCAGUACAAAGGGGCUGCAGCUGCAGCCAUAGUAUGCUUUAAUGUUGUUUAGCUACAAGAAUUCAUGCUUUUCAUUUUGUGGUGAUUGCCUCGGACAUGUUGAAUGUGUCAUUCUGUAUUCAAUCGUUUUUCUUCUUAUCAGCCAAGUCGUGUCCUUAUAGCCUUGAUGCUACCUCUAAAUAAAAGUAAAUGUUCAUUUAUUUUAAAUGUUUACAGUGGAAUUCACCAGAGGUCUCAGAUAAAAUCAAGGUACUUUUCAAUGAGGUGGUUUGAUCUUAGUGCCAAUUUACCAAGAGUGCUGCUGGCAGGCAAUGGCAAUCCAUUCCUUUUACGGUGAUAUAAAUAUGAUAUGUUUUUCAGCUGUGUUGUCAUCUAUAGCGCUGUAAAUAUAUUAAAAGAGGUCAGUCAAAGACAUCUCAAGGAUGGACACAUUUUCCAUCAUGGUAACCUUCAGGUUGUGGGACACUUAGAAGGAAACAAAGCAUUUGUUCAGGAGUGUGAUGCACAGGAAAUAAAUAAUUUUGCAAUAUUCAGGAUUAUUCUGGAACUCCUUGCUAGCUAUGAAUGUGCAGCAAACGCUCAUUUGUUCCAUCAGUUUCAUUAAGUUACACUAACAAGGAGUGUUCACUGUAAUUAAUGCUUCAGUAAUUGAGGUUUAUUCCAUGCAUAUGUUCAUUUUGUGCAGCAGUUAAUAUGCACUUCAACAGAAACAUCUGGGAUUUAGAACAUGCAUUUUAAACAGUGAUUACAUUUGGUUUUGCAAGUUGCAGUGGGAUAUAGGUUUACAAUUGACUCAAUCACGUUCAACUUGAAUCUGCGGAAUUAUCUCACUUCUUCGUCCAGGAGACCCUGAAGCUUCCUGGUUUUCAGUAUAUAAAUAAUAAUUACGCAAAGGAAUAUACCCUUAAGGCUAACUGGCCUCACACUUGGUUGGGAGCUUUCCAUGGUGUUAAAUCCCACCAAUCCCAGCAGUGGAAAAUGGAAGAAUGACAAUUAAUUAUUUUUGAAUAGAAAACCUGAUACAUUUCCACCCUAGACGGAGUAAAGGGGAGUUUAUAAGGAGUGCUUCCUGUGGUGGUUCUGCAGUGCAGUUUAAAAAUAAAUGAUUAAUAGAACAGGGAGAGAUACACAGGGAUAUGAGAUGAAAAUAUGUGCAAACUCCAGUUUAUUGAACAACAUGGUGUAGUCUUCGAUGAUAGAACAUAGCUUCAUUAAGAGGUGUGUCAGGAUUGAAUUUGCUCUCUGCCUCAAACACUUUUUUUGCAUUUUAAUCUCAAGCUUUGAUUUUCCAGACUGUGAAGGUUUGCUCAUGUGCUUGAAUGGUGUUCAUUUAAGUUAGGAGCAGGCCAUUUCAGCAGGCAAUUACACAAGAGAGUCCUGCGCCUGCAUCAAAGGGAGUGUACAGUUACAUAAUGAUUUGAAGAAGGAAUUCUGAGGCCUGCAGAAUCUGGUGUUGUCAGCUGCCUCCAUCUCUCUCACUCACGUCACUAAUGCAUGAAAGUGAUUUUCUGAUUUCCUCUUGAGCUUAGGAGUCACUAGAUUACAAGAAGAGAUUGUUUCUGAUAAAAGAGUUUCAAUAAUGUAAAACUCUGGUCAUAAGAUUUGUUUGAAAAGCCCUUGUCAAUGAAAGGCACAAACCAAAUCAAACAUUAAGUGUAAUCAUUGUUGAACGGGACAAACCAACCUGGCAGGUACGAAAAGCAAAGUAUCCAUCAAAUCUUUUUAAAGAGCAUGUGAUGGUGUCACAUGUGCACACAGCACAAUGGAAACAGGUUUGGCCCACCAGCCGAGGCUCUGAUGAAUGUAAAUACAUACCAGAUGUCUAUCAUAUGUCCAUUCUCUUAUCUUUUGUUCACAUUAUGCCUCUGCUUUUGAAUGUUCUACAAGAAUUCUUUGCACUGAAGGGUUUCCAAACUCUGAGACAAGAUUCUCAGAUGAGGGCUAUCUUCACAUUGUCACACAGCUACGGUUUCUUUGUCAGCGCUCGUGUUCCUUUCCCUCCGUGUUCAGCUGAGGAAUCCUGUAAAUAUUGGAACCUUUUAGUAUUUAUUUUCCCCUCAGAUAUUUUUGACAUAUCUGUCAUAAAUAGGCUUAAGUAACAUGUUGCUGAAAUGAAAAAAAUAACAAUAACUACCUACCUAUCAAAGUGUCCUAUUGGUACAUUAUGUAUUUGACCUCUUCUUGAGUUGAAUCAGUUCAACAUGCACUUUUGAUUCAUUUUGUAGCAGUGUUCUCGGCUUAUGUGGUGGUGUAAUGUUCCAUGAAAGGAAAUUAUUUCAAUAUGUGUUGGGCUUUUGCGGCUGCUGAAGCAUGUUUUCCUAUUAAAUAUUAAUACAUCUUCACUAUCAUACUAAUUAAUGACUGAUGCAAGUGGAGUGAACAGUGUUUUAUUAGUGGGCCUCCUCAAUGAACUCUGGUUAGGCUGAGCCAAGCAAUAUAUUUAGAAGAAACUGAGGAAUUGGGGAGCAUGGUCUAAGACUCACACCCUGUAACAACGGCAUUAGGCAUUAGAAGCAUCCUUAAACUAAAAAGACGUGAAAUACAUUUGAUAUGUCCUUAUUGUCCUUAUUUUACAUCCUGGCAAGUCUUGUUUUCUGUGUUGAAAUUGCUUCACAUAUGAGAAUGAUGAUUUAAGUGAGAAUUAUGUUUUUCACUGGUAAAUGUUUUGAACAUUGUGAAUCUUGCUAAGUGCUGCGAGCCAUUUCAAAGCAUGUGUAGGCUUUAAUUGUUUGUUGACCUUGUGCAAUGUGUUUAUCCAUGGGCCAAUAAAUGGAUC